CUAAGAGGGUGUAAAAGCGUCGUUAGGCUCUGCGUGCAACACAAAUACAUGCUGAAGUACCUCGAGUCUCUCAAUGGGAUCAGCUGCGUAUGUAAAUUACUCCACAGCACUGUUUCUGGGCGAAUCCGUUCCGUUUUGCUUGAAUCCGCCUCUCCGUGCUCGUUCGUAUUGACGCACUUAAAGACUCUUCCCUCAACCUUAAGGCGAGCGGCAGCGACCAAUCACCAAGCCAUUACAGGCUUCAGAGGAAACUGUUUAUGUGACUCCAGAGCUAAUUAGGCUCAUGAACUAACAAAUCGCUAGCACAACUGGUGAGGAACCGAUCACAUUCAUGGAUUGUCUGGAGAAGUCGACUACCUCUCCCACGAUGUGUUGAGCUGUGCGCUUUUUCAAGAUUUUUUACCCUUUCUUUAGCAGUCAAUAACUUGUCUCUUGCUAGACAAAACUUUGGUCUUGGGUGUGGAGUAUUUUUUAGUGCAAACGCGUGUGCCGUUUUCACUUAAACUGGGGAAUCUUGACUGGUAAACUAUGUUUCAACCCACACCGAAGAGGUGUUUUACCAUAGAGUCUUUGGUAGCGAAGGAUAAUCCUUUGCCAUCGUCGAGAUCCGAGGAGCCCAUACGACCAGCGGCUCUCAGCUAUGCAAACUCCAGCCAGAUGAAUCCAUUUUUAAACGGCUUUCACUCCAGCGGCAGGGGCGUCUACUCAAACCCGGACUUAGUGUUCGCUGAGGCUGUUUCACAUCCUCCCAACUCCGCCGUCCCAGUCCAUUCAGUACCUCCUCCUCAUGCUUUGGCUGCUCACCCACUGUCGUCUUCGCACAGUCCGCACCCUCUUUUCGCAAGCCAGCAAAGGGACCCUUCAACUUUUUACCCGUGGUUGAUACAUAGAUAUAGAUACUUGGGUCACAGAUUUCAAGGUAAAAGUUUGGUUUCAGAAUCGAAGGACGAAGUUCAAGCGCCAGAAACUGGAGGAAGAAGGGUCGGAUUCACAACAGAAAAAGAAAGGAACUCAUCACAUAAACCGAUGGAGACUGGCCACAAAACAAGGAAGCCCUGAGGAAAUUGACGUCACCUCAGACGAUUAAAAGACUUAAACUGUUUGAACCCGGGACAGCGGCGUGGCUUGAAGAAUGUCACGGAUAAGGAUGCUGUGUACUGACAGAGGGAGAGGGUAAAGCCAAUAUCACAUUUUGAUUCUUCGAGAUCGGCAGCUUGAGGGUGAGAGAUCCUGUUGGUGGCACUGCUGUCACUACAAGGGAACUGUCAAUAAUUUUCACGUUGCCAAGGCAAGGUGACUGACAGGUAUUACACGCAGCCCCUCCCGCCCCAUCACCACACUAUACCUGCACCACCUCAUCACCACUAUCACAAAACAUAGCUCAAAUGCGCAUAGGACAUUUGCACUUCUGAGGGUUUUUUCUCUCAUUUUAUUUUUGCAAGACGUGAACCUUCCACAUCAAGAAACCAAAAUAUACAACUGUUUUUGUAAAACUUGAAUUGCAUGGUAGAGCAAUGAUUUUUUUUUGGUAGGUUAAUUAAUUUGACAUUUUUUCAAAGUAAAUUUGUUUUGAUUAUAUUUUUAAUCUGAGAAAUGUUGUGUGCUUCUUCCUUUUUUACAACAGUGUGCAGUCUUUGAAUUUAUGAUUCUCGUGUUAAAGUGAUUGUGCAAACAAUAUGAAGUAGCAGUGCUGCGUUAUAGUGUUUUUAAGAAGUUAACAAAUUUAAAAUCAGAUUAUAAAAAAAAACUUUACCACAUAGAAUAGUAAUUAUAAUGAAAAUUCUCCAAAACAUUCCUUAAAAUUUAAGCUUUACCAUGACUCCGUAAUCUUGGUGCGAAUAUAUGAUCGGGACUCGCCCCCCCUCUAUAGAGUUGCCUCGAAGGAUUAAUGCAAGAAUUGACAACCGCCUAGGCAGCAAAACUUCAAGCACUGAGCGUAUUCCAUGUAUAGAGAUACUAAAAGCUAAUGUUUAUGUUAAAUCGUCUUUUACAAGAAUGUAAAUAAUUUUGUGUUUGUGUUAAGUUUGCUACAAUUUUAACACAAAGUAUACUUCCAAGAAGUAUGUAAUUGUCAAUAUUUUGUCAAUAAAGUUUUAUCAAUAUGUUGCUCAGAAUAAAAAAAAAAAA